AAAAAAAAUUGAAGAAUGGAUAAGUUAAAAAAUAAAGUGAGGUGGUGAAGGUUGUGGCUUGAAUUAGCAAUGAGUUCUUCUUCAUUUUGCAGUUGCAGUUGCAGUAGCAAUUCAGUAAGUUGGUUGUUAGUAGAGAAAUGUAAAAUUGAUUACACAAGUUAUGCGUUUUCCAAUUCUAAGCGAAGAAACAUGAGCAUGAAACGAAGGGCAUUGGCGGUUUCACUUUCUGAUGAUAUUUCUCUAUCGAGAAGAUCCACCGCGCUUCUUAUUUCUUCUUUGCCUUUCACCUUUCUUUUCCUCUCUCCAGCUGAAGCCAGAGACAGACGCAAGAAGAACAACAUCCCCAUCGACGAUUAUCUCAUUGCCCCUGAUGGAUUAAAAUACUUUGAUUUCGUUGAGGGAAAAGGUCCAAUUGCUCAAAAAGGUUCAACUGUUCAGGUUCACUUUGAUUGUUUGUAUCGCGGAAUUACAGCCAUUUCAAGUCGGGAAUCUAAACUCCUUGCUGGAAAUCGUGCUAUUGCUCAGCCAUAUGAAUUCAAGGUGGGAGCUCAACCUGGAAAGGAAAGGAAGCGCGAAUUUGUAGACAACCCAAAUGGUUUAUUCUCCGCACAAGCAGCACCAAAACCUCCAUCGGCAAUGUACACAAUAGUUGAAGGAAUGCGAGUUGGUGGAAAGCGAACUGUGAUCGUUCCUCCUGAAAAAGGGUAUGGAAAAAAGGGAAUGAAUGAGAUUCCGCCUGGAGCUACAUUUGAACUAAAUAUUGAACUUUUGCAAGUGACAUCUACCUGAAGAGUGAGCUUGAGUUGAUUCUUUUGAAGUACUUGAUAAUUUAACUAAAGAAUCUGUACCAUAUGAGGCUACAAAAAGGCCUACGGCUAUUCUUUUCCCAUUGACCUUUUAUUUCCAUUCUUGUAGUCAUCUCAGUAUAUAUUUGGAUCACUUGUUUUGUAUAUUAUAAAUUAUAGAAGCUUCAGUUUUGACUUUUUGAUUGUAUUUACAUCCUGCCCCAAUGUCUAAUGCUCACAGAUAAUUAUCAUGACAUCUACGUACUACUCACA